CGUCCCACCCUCCACGAUCGCCAGUCCACCACCUUCCACUACCACACCUUUCCCACCGCUCCGCCGCGGCAACGAUCCGACGCUUCACGACGCACGAAAAGUAACGACACUCAACAACCUCCCGAGUCGCCAUCAUCACCACAAAGCGGAUCCUCCUCCCACUCCUCCAACAAAGGCAAUGGCAAUGAGACGCCGUUGCCCAAGGCCCAGCUGCUCAUCCUGGCCGUCAUCGCCUUGGCCGAGCAGACUGCCCUGAACAGCAUCUCCCCCUACCUGCCCGAAAUGACAUCCACCUUCCCCGAAGUCGACCAAGAAAAAAUCGGCAUGUACGUUGGCCUGAUCGCCUCGUCUUUCGCUCUGGCACAGUUUGCGACGAACUUCUUGUGGGGCUGGCUAUCGGAUAAGGUUGGGCGGAAACCGGUGGUGCUCACCUGCACAUUCCUCACCGCGUGCUGUUUCGUGGGGUUUGGCUUUAGUCGCACGCUGUGGCAGGCGGUAUUGGCACAGGUGUUGAUGGGGCUGUCGAAUGGGAAUCAAGGAGUGGUGAGCACGUGCUUGGGAGAGAUUACCGACCGGUCAAACCAGAGUCGUGCGUUUCAGUAUUUGCCGAUCAUCUAUGGGAUUGGCGGCAUCACUGGCCCGAUCGUCGGCGGGUUGUUGGUGAAGAAUCCGGGGGAUGGCUACGCUUACCCUUUCCUGCUGCCUAACAUAUUCUCAGCGGGAGUGCUCAUCCUCGACAUGAUUUUGAGCAUGAUCUUCCUCAAAGAAUCCCUGGAAUGUGCUCAAGGUCUCCCUCCCCUGGGGAAACGAGUGUCGAGCGUCUUCGCCCGCGUCUGGCAAUUCACCAGCGCCCAUCGACCCACAUACCUCCGACGCUCCAAAAAGCGCCAGACAGACAGCGAAGCCGACACCGACUCCGACAACGACAACGAUUCCAACAGCGAAGCCAUGGAAUCUGUCCCCUCCCUCCUUCCCCACAACCCGCAAUCCGAACUGACUCGCGCCAAAGUCUUCACCCGCGACACCAUCCUCCUCCUCGCCACCUUCCUCAUCUUCCAACUCGCCAACAUUGCCUACAACUCCCUCUAUCCGAUCUUUGCCCAGGCCGGCCCGCCCAACGGUCGUGCGCUCUCCACCGAGGAAAUCGGCAUCUCCCUCGCCUUUGCCGGCCUCAUCACCAUCCUCUUCCAACUCGGCAUCUUUGGCCGGCUGCGAGAGAAAGUGGGCAACAAAGUCGCCUAUCGCACUGGUCUGGCAGGUUUCGUCAUCGCCUUCCUCCUCAUGCCGUGGGUGGGGUACAAAGACGGGAAAUCCGGCAAGACCAAGCCGACCACCAUGGGCCAAGUCUGGCUCUGGGUGGAAUUGGGCAGCGUGCUGAUCAUCAAAACCGUUGCUUCUGUAGGGGGUCUUACAUCUGCCCUUCUCCUCAUUACAAACUCUGCGCCGUCGCAUGCCGUCUUAGGCACAUUGAACGGACUGGCGCAAACGCUCAGUGCGGCAGGCAGAGCAGUCGGUCCCUUCAUUUCCGGGAGUCUGUUCACCGCUGCGCUCAACGUGCAGCCCAAGGGUGAGGCGUUGGCUUUUGGCAUAUUCGGCGCUGUCUCAUUCAUCGGCUUCUUGCUGAGUUUCGGCAUUCGAGGCGCGGAUUUGGAGUCUGGGGAUUGGGAGGAGGGAGAGGAUGGGAGUGGGGAUGAGGACGAGAGUGAG